CUAAACUAUCCAGUUGAAAAGUAUCUAUGGUAUAAACUCCACUUAUUUUUUCCUUUACCCGGGGGAGUUUUAAUUUUGGGAACCAGUAGCCCUGUGUGUGAGACUGUAAUCCAGCCGUCCGCACCGAAAGGAAGUUAGGCGACUGUUUACUUUUUUCUCAGAGUAGCCUAACCCAAACCAGGUGAAGUCGCCCCCCUGCGCGCAGCCAGCGCUCGGAUAUAGUGGAACCCUCUUUGUAGUCUGUAGCCUAGUUCAGGGAGUGAAGUCUUGGUGAAGUUCUUCAUUUUUCUAACUUCAGUUUGGCUCUAUCUGUGUCUGAAGGGAUGUUUUCAUGCGUCCUGCCUUUGGUUGUGGAUGGGAAUGGCAGUUUUCUGACAGCGCGCAGUAGCAGAGUCUGAUCUAGUCACUGUCAUGAGGUUCCGCUAUUCGAUAUUGUUUUUAAUCAUCUGAGGGGCACUCUUCCCCAAAGAAAGAGAGAGGGAAAACUUUUCCCUGCUCCCCCGGAGCUCCAUAGUGUUCCAGGAUGUGAAAGUUGGACUGUGGCUCACUUUGAUUUAACUUCAUUAUCACGAAUAACGGAAUAACAACGUUUGGGAAAAGGUUUUGUUUGUUUGUGCCAGCUCACAAAUCAACACAAGUGUGCCAUAGCGACGGCUCUUGGACACCGUGUACCCCCUCUGAAAUACCAACCAGGACAUAUUUGAAAGAUAAAAUGCGGCAACAAUGUUUCAGGUCGCGGUGUAUUCCUGAAGUGCGUGUUUCUGCAGAUAGCUCAGCUGCUCUGUGUUCCUUCUAACCGCCGGGAGAGCGGCCAGAGUUGUGUGAGGUCUGAGUGGGACGCGGAGAAGAAGUAGGCUAAACAUCUUCCCUCAUGGUAUUCCUUUAUUCUUCUGCCAGCAAAGUUGGGAGUGAAGCUGGAAUGUUCCUUCGGCGGCUCUGGACGCUCCGACGCAGGUAUUGCUCCGGACCGUUAUUGCUCCUAGGGGUCGCGGUGUGUCUUUUCUACCAGACCCUGAUGGUGGCACGGAGUCGGUUCAAAGGCGGCCCACCUGCGGCUGAUGAACGCAACAAGUCAAAGAUGACUGGAGCGUUGGGGGUAUUUGAUGAACUUCUGCAGGACCCUGCCAGGCUUAUUUCUACCCUGGAGGCUUUGGAGAGGGAAAUAUAUGUCAAGGGGUCCAAUCAGAACCGGGCUAGGCGGGUCACGCGGGCUGUGGUGCUGACGGGUCAGCACGUAGCCGCGGAUACGGAGGUCCAGCUGUUCCAGCGGAUCCUGGAGCAGCGAGGCUACGAGGUCAGCCUGUCCCGAUACGCCGAGACCAACAUCGCCCUGAGACACGACAACGGUGGCAGUGUGGAGUGGAGUGUGUUGGUGUGUCUGAGUGGUUCAGAGAAGAGUUGUCUGAGGAGAGUGUCCUUCUCCCAUCUGCAGCACCAUCAGAGGGUCAACAUGAUACCUGUGCUGGUGGGGGCCUUCUCUGAUGUGGACGGGCUCUGUCGCUUCCAGACAGACAGCCGGCUGGCAGGGCUGGCAUUACGCAUAAAUCCAUCUGCCUGUGGAUCGCCCCGCACCGAGCUGGGAGAUGUUCGUGAUGUGGCACAGGGUGAUUGGAACCCAGCUGUUCCCACACUUAGCUUGGUGAGCCCUGGCCUCAUUGCCACGGUGACAGUUUAUGUCCUGGUCACCUCGGUUACGCCGCUCACAGCCUUCCUCCAUCAUACAGGCCUGGUCAGGACAAACGAGGACACGGACAGUCACACCACACAGCUCAAUACCUUUUUUCUGCAGCAGCUGGAUCCUGAUGCAUCCAAUGAGGCCUUGGGCCAUGUGAAGGAGGUCAUAGGACAGGUGUUGAUGGCGGCAGCAUUGACCAAUGAGGAGCCUAGCUCUCAGCACAGGUGGUGUCUCCUGUGUUUCCAGCUGAUGACGUUCACUCUUCAGUUCAGUGGUUCCCUUCUGCCUGUCAUAGUGAAGGCUGAGAUUGACCUGCACUUUGAUGGGCUGAGGGACCCAGGGUUUGACGGACAGAUCACAAAAGAGUUCAUCCUGGAAGACGCUCUUCUCUUCCUAAUCCCAGCACACAGUGGACAGGCCAGUCUGAAGAGCCCUUCGCACACCGAGACAGAUGAUGGACAGAGGUAUGGUGGCUGUGGGGGGACAUACGGUCUCUGUCUACUAGAGCACCAAACUCUCCUCCUCCUCCAGUUCCUCCGUCAGCUGAGGACACCAGGGCCAUUUGAACUGCUUUAUCCCGCAGCUUCUCCAGAGCGCUCUCCUAUCCAAGACUUUCUGUUUCGAUCGUUCCCUAGAGCAGAGGAGUCUGGGAGUGGGCUGCAUUUCUCAGCAUUGUUGGACAGAGUCUGUUCCCAUUAUACAGAGCAAAGGAACCAUAUUUACAGGACCGAUGAGGCAGAGACACAGACUGGGUGGGACCAACACUCAGGCUCCCAGGACUUCCCUGGAGACAGAGAGCGUUGUGUGGACCCCCACCUCAGACAGCUGUAUACAGACCCCCCUCUGACUCUUAGCCCCCCCUUCAGUCCCUGGGUGAAAGACUACCGUGCUGAGGUCCCCUUUGAUGUGGUGACCCUACGCCUCCGCCCCGAGCCCAUCAGCCCAGUCUGUCACAUACACCUGGACGAGCACAGAGGACCUAGAACGGCAAACUACCCGGUCGGCCUGGGCAACAGCAUAAUCAACAUUCUAGUGACAGAUGAGUCAGCCGCCACAGAUCCCGAGCCUGUCGUCAUGACAAUAUACACUCUGCACAUGUACCGCGAGAGCCGGCCCAGCCUGCCCAUGUUUGGGGAGCAUGUAAUGUGUGGCUUCGUGCAGGACUGUGGCCUGGUGGUGCAACCAGAUCAGCCCUGUGGUUUAGAGCCCCUCCCUGGGCCAUUCUCUCCAGGCGAGCCCCAGGCCCGAACUCGGCCCUGCACCACUGGGGAUGUACCAGGUCGUUGGGUGGUUCCUUGCCUCAGCUGUGCCGACAACCGGACCUGUGACUGGAGAGAGGUUGCCUGGCAACCCGAGGGCUGUUACCACCCCUUGCUGGACCGCCCCCAGCUGCAGGACUGCAUGAUGUACAGGAAGGUAAUGUUCAUAGGUGACUCCACUAACCGGGGGAUGAUGUACUUCCUGAUGGAGCGGGUCAACUCUAGUCUGGAGGACUGGGGCAAGGCCCACGACAGCCUGGUCUAUCGCAACGUCAACCAGGGACACACACAGGUCUCCUACUCCUACUACCCCCAGUUCUGGCUGGAGCAGAGCCACAAACCCACCUUCCAGAGGACCCUGGAGCAGCUCAUACUGAGGUCGCAACCCCUGGAGAACUCCCGUCAGACUGUGCUGGUGGCAGGAGGUGUCCAGUGGCUCAACACCAACCAUCUGAGGAUCAUGAGAGAGGUGCUGGAGAGGGAAGGGCUACAGAAUAUCAUGGUGAUGGUGAAGUCUCUGGGCAUGGGCUUCCAUCUCCCUGUGGACGGCAUCCGCUCUCUCUCACUGAGAGGAGUACAGGAGCUGUACAGAGAGAACAGCAACAUCCUCACCGCCGCAAAGCACUAUGGGUAUGAGGUCAUAGACACAUUCAGCAUCACCAUGGGCCGCUACAAAGAGUUCCUGCAGGGACGGUGCGCCUGCCAUUUUCAUGAGGUGGAGAAGCUGUUGUUCUCCAAGGCUCCCCUGCACAGGAAGAUGAAGCUCCUUCGACACGGCGAGGAACCUGGAACCGGAACCAGUGGAACUGGAACUGGGUUCAGUGAUCAGCCCACUCUGCAGCACCAGGACCAGUGGGCGGGGUCUAACUCCUCCACCUAUCACGUGAGAGGAGCAGUGAACCAGGUGUACUCGCAGAUCCUGCUGAGUAGACUGUGUGUGAGAGACACAGGAAACUAGACCCACCCCUCGCCACCACUGACUGUGUGUGUGCGUGCUUGUGUCCUUGCUUACUAACGUGCGUGUGUGUGAGUGUGUGUCUGUGUGUGUGUGUGUGUGUGUGUGUGUCCAUACAAGCGUAUUUCUAAAGAAUGAGAGGUCAUUCCGUCCAGGAAGUGCUGGAGUAACAGAAGAGUCCUGACUGGUCAGCCGUGACUGGUCACCACUGUCUGUCACACAGACCUCCUCUGAUUGGCCCACACAAUGGGCCUCCCGUCAUGUGACUCCUACCUCUGCUAGGUAGAGGUUUCCAGAUGGCCGAAAGAGGGGGAUCGCUGGCCUACUGCCGAAAGACAAGGGAAGCAGCUGGAUAAAGA